GCUGCGGCGGGCACGGCGGGAGCGCUGGGAGCGGCGCUGGGAGUGUUGGCGCUCGCCUGCAUCGGGGUGCGGUGCGCGGCCCCAGGUUUCCAGUCCUUGGCCAUGGACGCCCAAAAAGAAGCUCUGCAAAGGAUCAUUUCAACUCUGGCAAAUAAAAAUGAUGAAAUUCAGAACUUUAUUGAUACACUAAAUCAGACACUACAGGGUGUACAGGAAAACUCAGCUAACAUUCUUUCAGAGUUAGAUGAAGAAUUUGAUAGUUUAUAUUCUGUAUUGGAUGAAGUGAAAGAAAAUAUGAUUAGUACUAUCAAGAAUGAACAAGCUCGUAAAUCACAUGAGUUACAGAGUCAGCUUGGUCAAUGUAAUAAUGCUCUGGAGAACUCUGAGGAACUACUAGAAUUUGCAACACGGUCGUUAGAUAUAAAGGAAACCGAAGAAUUUUCAAAGGCUGCCAGACAGAUCAAGGAUAGAGUAACAAUGGCUUCAGCUUUUCGCCUUUGUAUGAAACCAAAGGUCAGUGAUAACAUGAGUCACUUAAUGGUGGAUUUCUCUCAAGAAAGACAGAUGCUUCAAUCAUUAAAGUUUUUGCCGGUUCCCAAAGCUCCAGAAAUAGAGCCGGUAGACUGUUUGGUGGCUGACAAUGCCGUAACAGUAGUUUGGAAAAUGCCAGAAGAAGAUAAUAAAAUUGACCAUUUCAUACUGGAGUAUAGGAAGACUAAUUUUGAUGGACUUCCACGAGUAAAGGAUGAACGAUGCUGGGAGCAGAUAGAUAAUAUUAAGGGUACUGAAUAUACACUAUCAGGCUUAAAAUUUGAUUCCAAGUAUAUGAAUUUCAGAGUUCGCGCUUGUAACAAGGCUGUGGCAGGGGAGUAUUCUGAUCCAGUGACUUUAGAGACCAAAGCACUUAACUUUGUUUUGGACAAUUCAUCAUCCCAUUUAAACCUGAGAGUUGAAGAUUCCUGUGUUGAAUGGGACCCCACUGGAGGAAAAGGUCAAGAAAAUAAAAUUAAAGGAAAAGAAAACAGGGGCAGUGGUACACCAUCCCCCAAACGGACAUCUGUAGGUUCCAGGCCACCAGCAGUAAGAGGUAGCAGAGAUCGUUUUACUGGGGAAUCAUAUACGGUGCUAGGUGACACUGCUAUCGAAAGUGGACAACACUAUUGGGAGGUGAAGGCCCAAAGAGAUUGUAAAUCCUACAGCGUGGGAGUAGCAUAUAAGACUUUAGGAAAAUUUGACCAGUUGGGAAAGACAAAUACCAGUUGGUGUAUCCAUGUCAACAACUGGCUACAAAACACAUUUGCAGCAAAGCACAAUAAUAAAGUAAAAGCUUUGGACAUUACUGUUCCAGAAAGAAUAGGUGUCUUUUGUGAUUUUGAUGGGGGUCAACUUUCCUUCUAUGAUGCAAACUCAAAGCAGUUGUUAUAUUCCUUUAAGACAAAAUUUACUCAGCCAGUGCUACCUGGGUUCAUGGUUUGGUGUGGUGGACUCUCUUUGAGUACUGGAAUGCAGGUUCCAAGUGCAGUGAGAACACUUCAGAAAAGUGAAAAUGGAAUGACUGGCUCAACAAGCAGCUUAACAAAUGUUGCUCAGUAAUGCCUACUCAAAAUUGUGUUCCUGCAUCCCACCCUUUUGAUUGGGUGGCCUUUUCUGUGUAGCUACUAAUCACAGAAUCUAUGAGUGUUGGAAAUCAGGUUUACUACAUUCUGCUUUAAGGCCUGGAAUCUGUUAGCAUUACACAUCUUGUUUGAAGCCUUUAUAGGAACUUAAAGUGCAAUACCGUAGAAGCAAGCAGAUACGGAGCAAGAAACUCAUGUAUUGAGAGAGUAAAAUGAGAA